UCUGUUAUGUACCACGAAAAUUACAAACGAUACUCUUAAUGUCUGGAAUGGACGCACUACAGUUUAUCUGGCUUGUGGUGGCUCUAACGACCUCGUACACUGCGUCCGUGAAAGUCGUGCCCUUCCAAUUUCCCCAGACGCCUGUUGUUGGGGACACCAUUCGCGUCGCAUGUUACACCAGUGCAGUGAGCACCUCGCUCACUUUCAAGUGGAAGAAAGACGGCCUUCCACUAGAAAGUAGAAGCACUGUACUUCUUAAAAGGCUCGAAGAUAUUUCGACCUUGCUCCUUGGACCGGUCACGGUGGAAGAUUCUGGGAACUACACAUGCGAGGCGUCAACGAUGCAGUCGAGGGAUUCGUACACGGCUCAGCUUCAGGUGUAUGCGCCGCCUUCGUGGAUUAAGCACCCACACGACUACACGGCCGUGGAAGGAACCAAUGUAACCGUACCUUGCAGUGUGACUGGUCAUCCAAUCCCGACUGUAACGUGGCAACGAGACGCGGGUAAGGAUGUUCGAAGCAUGCCAUGAUGUGUCUAGUGUUCUCUCAUAACUCUCGACAGCUUUCUU